AUGGUCUUUGGUUCUUUUAAAGGUGGUGAUGGUGGCGGGGCUACGAGAGGGCUAGCACGGAAAUUUUAUACAUUUACACGGUUUACGGGGACUAUAGCUGCAUCGGAGACGAUAUAUGAUUUUACGGUGAAAGAUGUCGAUGGUAAGGAAGUGAAAUUAGAUAAAUACAGAGGAAAGCCGGUUGUAAUUGUUAAUGUUGCUUCACAAUGUAAACUUGCUGACAGCAACUAUAGAGAGCUCAAAGAAUUACAAAAAUUUUACAAAGAUGAAGGACUCGUUGUUGCUGCAUUCCCAUGUAAUCAGUUCGGAUCACAGGAACCGAGUGAUGGAGUUGACAUCAAAAAAAGUGUAAAGGAAAAGUACCACUAUGAACCUGAUAUCUAUGCCAAAAUCGAGGUUAAUGGUGAAAAUACCCACCCGUUGUACAAUUUUUUAAAAGAAAAACAAGGUGGCACUUUUGGUAAGAAGAUCAAAUGGAAUUUCACGAAAUUUCUCAUCGAUCAAGAUGGACAUCCGGUGAAACGCUAUGCACCAACCACUUCGCCAAUGACAAUAAAGCAUGAUAUAGAUUCACUGACUGAUGGCAAUAAAUAA